GAAAACAUAUCGGAUUGCAUUCCUUUAAUUUAACAGCCGCGAAAGCCUUAGGUGGUACGCGGUUCCCAAGUUGAAGUUUCUGGCUAUUUAAGAUCCAGAUCUAAAUUCGCAAAUGCAUUGCAGCCUAAAGCUGGAAAGAAGCUUGUCUGGUCCUCUGAUCCUCUGACUUCCUGAAAAAGAGCUGCACCAAACUUGCGCAAAGAAAUAAAAGGUGUCUUUUAUGAAUAAUCAAAAGCAGCAAAAGCCCACGCUAUCAGGCCAGCGUUUCAAAACUAGGAAAAGAGAUGAGAAAGAGAGAUUUGACCCUUCCCAGUUUCAAGAGUCUAUUAUUCAAGGUUUAAAUCAGACUGGUGGUGACUUGGACGCAGUAACAAAGUUCCUUGAUGCUUCAGGAGCAAAACUUGAUUACCGACGGUAUGCAGAGACAUUAUUUGACAUCUUGGUGGCUGGUGGAAUGUUGGCCCCAGGUGGAACUUUGGCAGAUGACGUGACACGAACUGAUGUCUGUGUGUUUGCAGCACAAGAAGACUUAGAAACCAUGCAAGGAUUUGCGCAGGUUUUUAACAAGUUGAUCAGGCGGUACAAAUACCUGGAAAAGGGUUUUGAGGAGGAAAUCAAAAAGUUGCUGCUUUUUUUGAAGGGGUUUUCUGAAUCUGAGAGGACCAAGCUGGCAAUGAUUACUGGCAUUCUUUUGGCCAAUGGAACCCUGUCUGCUAAUAUUUUAAGCAGUCUGUUUAAUGAGAACUUGGUCAAGGAAGGGGUGUCGGCUGCAUUUGCUGUUAAGUUAUUCAAAUCUUGGAUUAAUGAGAAGGAUAUCAAUGCAGUAGCUGGUAGUCUCCGAAAAGUCAGUAUGGACAACAGGUUACUGGAGUUGUUUCCUGCCAACAAACAAAGUGUUGAACACUUUGAGAAGUACUUCACUGAUGCAGGCUUGAAGGAGCUGUCCGAGUAUGUUCGCAACCAGGUGUGCAUCGGUGCUCGGAAAGAGUUGCAGAAAGAGAUUCAGGAACAGGUGUUGCGUGGGGAGCCGUUCAAAGAUAUAAUUUUUUAUGUAAAAGAGGAAAUGAAGAAAAGCAACAUCUCUGAGCAAAUGGUUAUCACUAUCUUGUGGUCUAGUGUGAUGAGCACAGUAGAGUGGAACAAGAAAGAAGAGCUGGUGACAGAGCAGGCUAUUAAACACUUAAAGCAAAACAGCCCUCUGCUUGCUGCCUUUACAUCUCGGGGGCAGUCUGAACUGACACUGUUGGUGAAAAUUCAGGAGUAUUGCUAUGACAACAUUCAUUUCAUGAAAGCUUUCCAGAAGAUAGUGGUGCUGUUGUAUAAAGCUGAAGUGCUAAGUGAAGAAGCGAUCCUAAAAUGGUACAAAGAUGGCCAUCUUGCAAAAGGAAAGAGUGUUUUUAUUGAACAAAUGAAGAAAUUUGUAGAAUGGCUGAAGAAUGCUGAAGAAGAAUCUGAAUCUGAUGAAGAGGAAGAGGCUGAAGCAGAUGAGGAAAGUUGAGUUGAUCAUUUUUAUAUCUUCAAAACAUCAGAGUGUAUACGUAAGGGAGCUGCACACCGUCUGAGUACAUUCCAGGAGUCGUAGAAUGAACCUUCCAUGUCAAUGAAAUUACAUUCUACCUCCUCCUGUAUUUUCUACUGUAAUAAAAUUAAGGGCUUUUCAAAAUGGAACAGUUCGCUUCUGUUUUUCUACAGUGACUGCACAUCAUGUCACAUUUUAAAGGAAUGGCCACAGGAGAUCUGGAAUGGCACAUUUCGUGUUAUGUUUUUCAUAGGUGUUGCAUUCUACCUCCUGUAUUUUCUACUGUAACUGAACUUAAUUUAAGAACUUCAGGAGAUUUCAACUUUUUUCUAUACGUACAAUAAAGGUUACACUAGUGGUG